UUUCUUCAUACUAAACUGAGAAACACAAACUCUCAGUCUCGUAUAUCUUUCUUUAGACACGAACUGAAAAAACACAAACUAUCAAUGUCUGCUGAUUUUCAACUCGAAAAACAAAGUACCAUGAAUCUUGUCGAAUCAAAAUACAGAUUUCUCAAAACCCUAGGAAUCGGAACUUUCGGCAAAGUAAAACUUGUGAAAAAUAUCUCCACGGGAAAAAAAUACGCCAUCAAGAUUGUCAAGCGAGACAGAAUCAAAGACAAAUCCAUGGAAGAAAAACUGAUGCGUGAAAUCAACAUUAUGAAACAGUUAAAUCACAAACAUAUUAUACGAUUUUACGAUGUUAUCGAAUCAGAUACUGAUAUUUACCUCGUACUCGAACGAGCAAGGAAGGGUAAUCUUCUAGACUUGAUCAAUAGUAAGGAUGGCGGUAGGGUUCAAGAAGACGAGGCGCGUAAGAUUUUCGGACAAAUCAUCGAUGCUAUCGAGUUCUGUCAUGAGAAUAAGGUUGUUCACAGAGAUCUUAAAGCGGAGAACAUUCUUAUGGAUUCAAAGAAUAAUGUAAAGGUUGCUGAUUUUGGAUUUAGUGUUGUUAAAGAGAAAGAUCAGUUGCUGAAAACGACUUGCUGCAGUCCAUUCUACGCUGCGCCGGAGAUUCUUUGUAAGCAAUUUUAUGGAUGUGAGGUUGAUAUAUGGAGCUGCGGUGUGAUUCUUUAUGCAAUGUUAUGCGGUAAACUUCCUUUCGAAGAUGAGAGCUACCCUGCGGCUUUCAAGAAAAUUAAAAGCGCGGAUUUUGAUCUUCCGGGACAUUUGUCAUCCGAAGCUGGAGAUUUGAUUUCAAAGAUACUGGUUGUUGAUCCGAAAAAGCGGUUCACAAUUUCAGAAAUUAGAAAGCAUUCAUGGUUUGACUCUCAAAAUGUAAUAGUUAAUUGAUAG